AUGCUGUGUGCUGCGCAGAUGACGUUGUACCCCACUGUCGUGCAAAUCCAACCGGAGAGCAUAAAUUUGCUGGAAGUAAAUGCGGCGAACGCUCUAAGUGCCAAGAACCUUUGCAAUGACUGUAUUUCUUUAACCUUUUUACAUCCACCGGCCGAGUUAAAUGGGCUGUGGACGGAGCUUUGGCUAGUCGACCGAAUCGCGAGGAUUCUGUACACUUCGCUUCCUCUCCUUACGCGGGGCGGUUUAAAGCUACGGAGCAGGCCGCCCGCGAUCACUCGCUCGCCACUCUACGAGCGCGCCGCCCGCCCUAGCAGCCGCCCUACGCGACUCUACCGCGACCGCUACGUCCGCGACACCGAAACGCGAACUCACACCUUACGCGGACCAAGACGCCGAUGGAGUUACGGUCGGUCCGCGUGCGGGAAACUGAGCCGUAGCCCGUGGGCGCAAGUGCGUUUAUCGCGCGAACGGCGCGCGCCGAAAGCAAUUGGGGAGGUGUCGGUGCCGGUAAAUAUUUACAGUAGCGUCGUGAGGGACUACCGUUCGGCGGCUGCCUCGAGCCGGCACAUCUGCGAGGAUCAGCCUCUACCGCUCAAGGUUAGCGACCUCAGGGAUGUCUGGACGGUCGGGAAGGUGGCUCCGGGCCCACCGCUCCCCCGGGGACAUUGGCACGACAGCAUCGGGCACGUGAAAUUUAUUGCGGUA